UAUAGUUGUAUAAUAAUCCUUCCACGCACGUAAUGACCAAAAGAGAUGUACAUAUGCUGCAUAUAAGUGCCAAAACAUCAAGUGAGUUCCACUGCAAAUACUGAAGCGACAAACAUGGAAGAGGGAUUAUUAUUACCAAGAGGCAAAGAUCAAGUAGAGCAAAAAAAAUGGUCAGGCGGUACAAGUAUUCUGACAUGGUUUUUGUUCUUCGAAGAAGUGAAGAAGUUGGGAUGCAUAGCAGGACCUAUGGUUGCUGUGAUCCUAUCCCAGUACUUGUUGCAGAUAGUUUCGAUGAUGAUGGUUGGUCAUCUCGGUGAGCUAGCUCUCUCUAGCACCGCCAUAGCCAUCUCUUUAGCCGGGGUCACCGGCUUUAGUCUUUUUUUAGGAAUGGCUAGUGCACUUGAAACUUUAUGUGGGCAAGCUUAUGGAGCUAAGCAGUAUCAGAAACUUGGACUUCAAACUUACACUGCUAUAUUUUCUCUCAACUUAGUUUGUCUACCAUUAUCUUUGAUAUGGAUAUUUAUGGCGGAUAUACUGAUCUUCAUGGGUCAAGAUCCUUCAAUUUCUCGUGAAGCUGGCAAAUUCACAAUUUGGCUUAUUCCUGGUCUAUUUGCUUAUGCAACUCUUCAACCGCUCAUUAGAUACUUUCAGACACAGAGUUUAGUAAUUCCUAUGUUCAUAAGCUCUUGUGCGACCCUUAUGUUCCAUAUUCCUCUCUGUUGGGUUCUAGUGUUCAAGUCUGGCUUUGAUAACUUGGGAGGAGCAUUGGCAAUCAGCAUUUCAUAUUGGGUGAAUGUGAUUUUACUUGGAGUAUACAUGAAGUUUUCUUCUGCAUGUUCAAAGACUAGAGCUCCCAUUUCUAAGGAGGUAUUCCAAGGAACUGGAGAGUUCCUUCGCUUUGCCGUCCCUUCUGCAGUAAUGAUAUGCCUUGAGUGGUGGUCAUUUGAGCUGCUUAUCUUGCUGUCUGGGCUCUUACCAAAUCCUGCUCUUGAAACUUCAGUGUUAUCUGUAUGUCUCCAGACCAUUUCGACACUAUAUUCAAUACCAUAUGGAUUUGGUGCGGCAGCAAGCACUAGAGUUUCAAAUGAACUAGGAGCUGGCAACCCUGAAGGUGCUCGUAUAGCUACUUUCGCUGCCAUGUUUCUUGCAAUCACAGAGGCAACUCUAACGACCACAACCCUCUUUUGCUGCCGCCAUGUGUUUGGUUACCUCUUCAGCAAUGAAGAAGAAGUCAUCGAUUAUGUCAGAACAAUGGCUCCUCUAGUUUGCCUGUCUGUUAUACUAGACAGCUUGCAAGGGGUCCUUUCAGGUAUUGCUAGAGGCUGUGGGUGGCAGCAUAUAGGAGCUUACAUAAACCUUGGAGCAUAUUAUCUAUGUGGGAUUCCAGUUGCUGCUACAUUGGCUUUCUUGAGUCAACUAAGAGGAAGGGGCCUUUGGAUUGGUAUACAACUUGGUGCUUUUGUGCAAACCGCUCUGCUUGCUUUUGUAACAACUUGUACAAACUGGGAAAUGCAGGCAAGUAAGGCAAGGGAGAGAAUAUUCGAGGGCAGCUGUGCGGUCAAUAGUGGAUUGUGCCACUAAGCAGAGAUCAAUGAAUUUCUGAUGAGCUUAAUUCUAGUUGAACAAAGUAUAAAGAAGAAACUUGGUGAUGUUAAUGAGAAGAAUGAGCAUUAGCUAGCUUUAUCAUAUGCAUCUGUUCUUUUAGGCUCUGAAACAUGUGAUAACAACUCAUUUGAAUCUGAUUGACAUGAACAGGCAUCACUAUCUGCAAUUGAGAGAGACUUGCCGACUGACAUUACUGCACCAAAGUGCGUAUCAGAAUGUACUACUGCUACAUCAAUCAAGUCCAAGCAAUCUCCUUUGCAUUGAAAAAAUGAAAAGUGUUGCUAGUCGACAAUUCAAUCAUGAAAAUGUAGAAACUGCAAACAGUAAAAGUU